AUGCGGGAGGGGUUGGCAAAAAAUGAGAGAGUCGGAGAGGGGGAGAGAACCAUGAUGUACUCGAGGAAUUACAGAUAAAUGACUGGGAACUGAUCGGAAGCCGGACGUACUCGUGGAAAGGAAACCAAGUGCUGAGAUGCAAACAUUGGGAUAAAGUGGCCAUCAGAUGGCACUUAUCCACGUGUUCCGACGACGGAAAGUGCGACGGAGGAACGAACGUGGACUACGCGACGAGGGCGCAGAAUUGGACAGAGCUGCCAGUCUGGAGGAACGCAUUCACUUAUGUCCAAGUUCCCGGACAACCAAAGGUAUCCUCCACUUGCUCAUCAUCAUUCUUUACUCUCAAGCAUUUCAGAAGACACCGUACUUGCGUCUCGGUCUUACUGGCUACGACAGUAGGAAGACACAAGUGGAAGCAUUCGCCCCUCUCAAGAUUGACGUGGAUUGGCGGUGGCAGGUCACCAAGGACGGAUGCAAUAAUUUUGUUGUCAGGUAAUACAACACAAUCACUUUUGAUUCUUGCCUGAGCUACAUUCACUUUGGCUACUGAGUUUUUGAUUCAAAAUGUCUGCUACAUGAAUAUGUGUAAACAACCAAACACAAUUGCAGAAUGUCAGCAAUGAGCAUGAUCGACGAGAAAAUGCGUCCGAAGCUCGAGAGAUUCUGCCGUUCGUUCGAUAAGGACCACUUUGUGGACUGUACCAACCUGUAG